GUGAUCUCGUCGAGCCAAACGAGGGUAUCCUUAGCGGCGACCGCAAUCCUACCGUUCUUCUUCUUCAGCUGGUCGAGAAUUCCCAAUGCUGUCACUGUCAGUUAGCGAAACGCACGGCCAUCAUCAGCCAGCGAGCGUACUGUGAAGUGGCACAUAGAGUCGGAUUGCGCCGAUGCUGAUCCAUCGCUGUAUUCCAUCUCGAGUGCCUUUCUUGACGCCGGCAAGUAGAGCGGUAUCAUCGACGAUGCAAUUGAAGACCUUACGCUCGGGGAGUUUUACAUCCAUGAUGAGGUGCGGGUGAGAUCUUCCGUCGUGUGGUGUCCGAAGGCGGUCGAGGUCGAGCGGGGAAGUGUUAUCGCGGUGUUCUGCGAACAAUGAGUUUUCGAGCCGAAGAAGCGAUACGAGCGAAUAUUGGUUUCCAUACCGUUGUUCUUCUGGGAAAUAAUUCGAAUAUUCACUGGCUCGCAUUGUCUAUCGCAAAGCGAGCGUGUAGGAACCGUUCAGCGCAGGCUGUCAGCGCCGACGGAGUGAAACGGUGCAAGAAGCGCUUCGCUCAUUGUUCCCGAGAUGUUGAUGAGAGACUUAGAAGGAUAAACGCCGGUCAUAGUCUGACGGGCAAGGUGAAAGUUGGUAAAUUCACUGAGGUGGUCGUUGUGUGGGUGAACCGGAAGAUUUCACCAUCAAGGGCUGGUGGUGGAACUCCCCAACCAGAAUGCCAUCAUCAGCAGCGAUAUUCGGUCAGGUGUGGUGGGGGAUGUGUACCGCACCAAACAAGCCCUGCACAAUAUGAUAUUAGGAUUCCAUUCGUCCGACUUAAUCGAUCAUAUAUCCUUGAUAUUUAUACACAAAGUACCCAGGCGGCCAGGCUGCAAGAAAUAAGAAUGUUACCUAUUCAGAGUGUCUUUCCCAUUGCAAGAUCCCACAGCCUUGUUUCCCGUACCAAGACCUGUAGUGGUCCAUACCAUUGCGGCUAUGCGCACCAUCAUCCUCAUUCAGAGUUCAGCAGCAUCUGCUGAAAGGCUGGAAGAAUAAUCUCGAAACAUGAUAGGGCUUAACCUCGAUUCUCCAACCUUUCGGCCUCAUUGAUGUCUGGCAUCCAUCCUGUAGGCCUUUCUGCUCCCCUCACAACGAGCCCGUACAAGGACUUCUCGACCUUCUCCACACAUGUUUGCAUCACUCCCAUCUUCUUUCGAACCUGGUUCUCGAGCCACGACUUCCUCGGAACAUCUAGUGCCUCUAGAGCGACUCGGAGCUGUCGGAGGUCCGAGAGGACAUUCCCUU